AUGCUUGGCGGGCCCGCAUACGUCAUACAGCAAGCCCAGCCGCCCCAACCAGUCAAGGAAGAAAAGAGCUGGUUUGGCAAGUUAUGGAGAAGCGAGAGCGUGAAGAAGCCGGCGGCGGGCCAUGCUGUUAACUCGGCAAACAAGCUACAAAAAUCAGCCCGCCCCCAAGCACCGCCUGUCUUUCCGCCGCCACUCCACCCCGCCGUGUCUCAGGGUACUCCGACGUCACCGCACAUGAUGUAUCCUUUCCAGCAAGGUCAACAGGCGCUCAAUCCGCAACAGCCAUCAGGUCCGCAGUUCCGUCAACAGCACCAGCACCAGCAGCCACUUCAACACCAGCAACAGCACAAACCGCCUUUAGCAUGGAAAACUGUCAACAACAGCAACGGUAACGGUAACGGGAACGGAAACAGAAUGCCCCAGUUCCACGCUCCAAACCUCAAUCCGAACCAGUCCGUCCUACCCCCGCCAGAGGUGCGGCAGGCGAUCCAGCAGCAGGAGCAGCGGCUGAAUCCGGUGCGUCCGGAGAGUACGGGUUUGGGUCUGGCGCAGGCGCAGGCGCAGGCGCAAUCUGUUGACUCGAUUCAUCGGGGUGGGCAGCAUGCUGCUUCUUCUGUACCUGUGCCUGUGCAGGUGCAAGGGGAGGCCAAGGCUGCUCCUGCAGCUGCUGCUGUGGGUCCCGGGAACGCAGGGGCAAGCAGAUGGGGGAAUGCUAAUGCCUCUUCUGGUGGCUACGAUGGGUCGGGAUGGGGCGACGAUGACGAGGAAGAUUUUUCUUGA